AGGUAACACCGCCAGCAACAGAAGCUGAUAGGGAUCCGGACAUUUUAAAAAUCAGCUUUGGUUUAAAGUGAAACGCUGUUUAUAACAAAGUUAUAAAUCCAGAGGGGUGAAUUUAGGCAAAGUCAGCAACAUGUUUACAUCGGUGAACAGCUGCAGAGAGAACGUAAGCUAACGUUGGUAAGCUAGUUAACAUGAGCCCCGGCUAGAUGCGCUACUUCUUCUGAUAACUGAACUGGGCAUGAACUAGUUGAAGGAAUGCUGGAGGAGUUUUGUUUUUGUUUUGAUCGCAAAAACAAUUUCAGGCUCAACUUUUCCCUUUGUUUAGUAAUCGUGUCGCUCACUGUUUACAUGCUUUUGCCGUCCACCAUGGAGGACCCACGUGAUUAGGUGACAUCGGUGCAAAGGGUCAAUACUGCAUUUCUAUUAUUUUUUAUUUUUUUACCUUUAACAUGGGAGUCAGUGAGGAUUUGCUCACUUCUGGUGCCAGCCCCUAGUGGAUGAGAGUUGAACUGCAAUUUUUGUCACUUCCUUGUUGGCUUCAAUUUCUUUGCAGAAUUAUGGGGGCUUGACACACACACACACACACAGCAGCUCAGUGGGGGCUGAGCCCCUUAAAAUGCCAGAUAGAUUCGCCUCUGCUGGGUCCUUAGCUCGUGUGCGCAUGGAUGCUGUGGGUGUUGCCAUCAUCAACCGCUCUGGACGCCUUCAGAUCAGCAGCAGCUGGUUAAACAUUUGCAGAGACCUAAUCAGCUUCUUCAUCCUGAAUGCAUCACGCCAUCCGCCGCGUGAGCCCGCAGUUCCACCACCGCCGUUAGUUACCGACGUGUGAGUUACCGGGAAACUUCAGUCCGCGCAUGGAGCUGAGCUGCGAGUCGAGAAGAGGUCAUUUACAGAUCUGCAGAGACCGCUUCAGGUGAAGCCACAACUCACAGCUGAAGGACCAUCUUUGGACCCAUUGUGAGCCCAGCCUGAGGCCCCGUCUGACUCAGGGAAGCCAUGGGACUCCUUCUGGUUUGCUGCACCCCACUCAUCUUCCUCCUCAUUUGCCACCCCUGCACUUCCUUCAAGCCUCUGGUCAUUCAGCGAGCAUCUGGUCUGGAACAGCCUGAUAAUACCUCUGAGUCCGGAAAGAAGACAUGUGGGGGGGUUGUGGUGUGUAAGCCUGGUAUCCUCCUACCAGUGUGGAUGCCACUCAACCCUCCAGUGGGGGAGCAGGCUGCGAGAGCUAUCCUCUACUUCUUCUUUCUUAUGUACAUGUUCCUGGGUGUGUCAAUCAUUGCAGACCGCUUCAUGGCUGCAAUAGAAGUCAUUACUUCUCAGGAGAAAACGGUGACCAUCACCAAACCGGACGGUGAAACCACAGUGACGACUGUACGAAUCUGGAACGAGACGGUAUCCAACCUAACUCUCAUGGCCCUGGGCUCCUCUGCACCAGAGAUUCUGCUCUCGGUUAUCGAGGUAUGUGGACACAACUUUGAUGCAGGAGAGCUGGGCCCAGGCACCAUAGUGGGAAGUGCAGCUUUUAAUAUGUUUGUAAUCAUUGGACUGUGUGUGUCGGUAAUCCCCGAUGGAGAGGUUCGCAAAAUCAAACACCUGCCAGUGUUUUUUGUCACAGCUUUCUGGAGUAUUUUUGCUUACAUCUGGCUCUACCUCAUACUGGCUGUGAUCUCUCCUGGGAUUGUAGAGGUGUGGGAAGCCGUAGUGACGCUGCUUUAUUUUCCAGUAUGUGUGUUCUUGGCUUGGAUCGCUGAUCGUCGGCUGCUGUUUUACAAAUACAUGCACAAGCGGUAUCGCGUUGACAAGAGGCAUGGCAUUGUGGUGGAAAUGGAAGGUGACCUUUCACCCAAAGGCAUAGAUUUGGUAAUGGAUGGAAAGUUGUCAGAUGGCAGUUCCUGCCCUGGAAACUCCCCUAAUGUGAUGGGGUCUGUGCAGACAGCCAAUGAACCUGACCAGAACAAAGAGGAGGUGGUCCGUAUCUUGAAAGACCUGAAGGAGAAACACCCAGACAAAGACCUGGAUGAGCUGAUUGAGAUGGCCAACUACUCCGCCCUGGUUCAACAGAAGAAGAGCCGUGCCUUCUACCGGGUCCAGGCAACACGCCUGAUGAUCGGCGCUGGAAACAUAUUAAGGAAACAUGCUGCUGAUCGCAAACGACGUGCAGGACAGGCUUCUGAAAAAGCCGAAUGCUCUUUUAUUUGUUUUGAAAGUGGCCAGUACCAGUGCACAGAGAACUGUGGCUAUGUGACUCUGAGGGUGAUCCUGGAUGGCGGCACAGGCCAGAACACAUUCUAUGUGGACUACUGUACAGAGAAUGGGUCUGCUAAUGCUGGCUCAGACUAUGAGUUCACAAAGGGAACUCUGGUGUUUAAACCAGGAGAAACACACAAAGAAAUCAAGGUGGCCAUCUUGGAUGACGACAUCUUUGAGGAAGAUGAACAUUUCUUUGUGCGUCUUCAAAAUUUGAGGUUAGAAGAAGGAGGAAUUGAAGGGACUGGAACCCCACCCAAGGGUAGACUAGUAGAGCCGUUGGCUGCCACCAUCAUUAUUUUGGACGAUGACCAUGCUGGAAUCUUCACCUUUGAGGAGAAGGUACUUCGAGUGAGUGAGAGCACUGGCAUCCUCACGGUGACUGUGCUGAGGAACUCGGGCACCAGGGGCACAGUUGUUGUACCGUACCAUACAGAAGAUGGCAGUGCCAAGGCUGGAGUGGACUAUGAGGAGGCCAGAGGGGAGGUGGAAUUUACCAAUGAGCAGACCAGUCAGACAUUACAGGUACGGAUUAUUAAUGUGUCGCAAUAUGAAAAGCAGGAGAACUUCUUCAUUGUGCUGGAAACCCCCAAGUGGCUAAAGCGAGGAGUUUCAGCACUACUACUAAACCAGGACAAUCCCACUCCUGAGGUUGAAGAGGCCAGGAGGAUCUCUGAAAUGGGUAAACCCAUUCUAGGAGAGCACAUCAAACUCGAUGUCAUCAUAGAAGAAGCAUGUGAUUUUAAGAAAACCGUCGACAAACUCCUGAAAGACACAAAUGUGGCGGUGGUGCUUGGCACUCACUCAUGGAGGGAGCAGUUCAUUGAAGCAGUAACGGUUAGUGCAGGGGAAGGAGACGAUGAGGAGGGAGGGGAGCAGCGAACACCCAACUGCUUUGACUAUUUCAUGCACAUUCUGUGCGUGUUCUGGAAGAUUCUGUUUGCUUUUGUCCCACCGACGCAGUACUGGAACGGCUGGGCGUGCUUCAUUGUGUCAAUCUCUGUCAUCGGUAUUUUAACAGCCGUUAUUGGAGAUCUUGCUUCCCAUUUUGGCUGCACUGUUGGCCUGAGAGACUCUGUCACUGCAGUUGUCUUUGUGGCUCUGGGGACUUCAGUUCCCGACACUUUUGCCAGUAAAGUGGCUGCCACUCAGGAUCAGUAUGCUGAUGCAUCUGUAGGGAAUGUGACAGGAAGCAAUGCAGUGAAUGUUUUUCUGGGAAUAGGUUUAGCCUGGUCAGUUGCUGCUGUGUACUGGGAGAUCAAAGGGAAGGUCUUCCAUGUUGAUCCUGGUUCUUUAGCCUUCUCCGUGACACUUUUCACCAUUUUUGCUGUCUUCAGUAUGGGAGUACUGAUGCUACGCCGAAGGCCAGCCAUUGGUGGUGAACUAGGAGGCCCACGUGUCCCUAAAGUCCUUACCUCUUUGCUGUUCUUUGGACUCUGGUUUGUAUACAUCCUCUUCUCCAGCCUGGAGACAUAUUGCCAUAUAAAAGGCUUCUGAGUGAGCAGAUGUGGAGAGGCAUGACUGUACGGUAACAAACUCAUCAUGAGGACAUUCACCUGGAGUUUGUUGGGACCUGGAAAUCAGUCAAAGUCAUGAUUCGACAACUGCUGCCAUGGCUAAUGAAACACUGCAGACUCACACAUGCAAAUCAGUUUUCACACAAGCUAAAAGUCUGUUUGAGUUAGGAGGAUUCUUUCUCGGUGCUCUGAAAGACUUGCUUUGGGUACCUGGAUGAAUUUCUGCAACCAAAAGGAGAAAACAGAAUGUCAUCCUGUCAUUGGACUUGGCUUAGGAGUGCCUCAUGGCUCAUACCUGGAGUUUGAAAAUUGCAAUUGCUUCUCUUUACGAUAAACGACAGAUUUAUCUGAAGAUUGUUUAGUUUAGUUGCAUAAAUUAAUCAGUUAGAGACAUUUCUAUUGGUGAGGUAGCUGAGUGAUGUUACACAAACAUGUGGGAAAUUUACAGGAAGGGACUCAUUUCAGCUCUUUGUUAAAACUGUUCUUGUUGUUUCUCAGAAUUUUUCUGAGUGAAUAAUGAAGCUCGAUCUUCCAGAACUUGGCAAAUGCUAAGAGGACUUAAAAAAGCAACUGACACCAUGUGUCUUCUGUGUUUGCUUGUUCGUUUUAUCUGUUUGGAGAAAACUCUUUUGAUGAAAAGUGGAAGGUCUUCAAAAACUAAACAAGUAAACUGGUCUUUACCUCACAACUCAAAUGAUUCAUUAAGCUACAAAUGCUGCAGAUAUUACAACUAUAGAUUGGAACAAGGUUUUUGGGUACUUGGCCCCUGCAAAAAUACCUCACACUUUCUGGGAUAAAAGCAGCCAUUUCAGAUUCACUGGUGGCAAAUGAAACAGGCCGUUAUUUAAUGUCACCAUCAAAUAAUAAUUUCCAGUGUUAAAUGGAGACCUCUGUAAACAUAGAUUGGAUGAUUAACACCCAGCAGUGGCUUGAUGUCUCAGACACAGAAUCAGGAUGGGUCAGGUUAGGUUAGGUCUCCUCUGCAGGCACACUCGCCAGUGCACCGCCACAUAGCUAUCAGUAGUAAUCUAACCAGAAGUCGGUGUUUUAUAUGUGCUGCAGCAACAUAAUUUGGUGUAAAUACUGUUAAUUACAAUAAUAGUUGCCACUGCAUUUCCAGGAAUAUUUGGAGAUGUCAAACUAAAGAAGACUUACGAUAAAAAAUGAAUUGCUGCAGAGUGUCUGCCAUGCAGCAUGACUGCUUGGAUGUCGUGAGAUGUUUCCCCUGUACACUUCUCUGUUUAUUUAUUAUUGCUGUAAUUGUAUGACUUUUAAUAUUCUUGUGCUAGAAUAACAUGUCUAAUGUAAUUUAUUGUAAAAUGUUAUAAUUACAUUGACAUUUUAAUGGACUUUAUUGUUACUUUUCAUUGCAGGGUAAGAAUAACAGUUUGUGAAUCUGUAAAACAAAUAUAUUAUGUUUAUGUUUAUGUAUUUAGCAGCUUUUGUCCAAAGCGACUUACAAGUUAUAAUCGGCAUGUUGCCCUUGAGGCUAACAGUAACUGUUUCCAGCCAGUCGUAGGUGGCAGUGAGGCAGCGUGAUGAAUCGUGGAGAGGAGGGAACAAGGAGUGGACAGUAGAGAGGGGGGACGGGUGCAGGGAAGGUGCUAGUUUAGAAGAUGCUCUCUGAAGAGCAGGGUCUUCAGGAGUUUCUUGAAAGCCGAAAAGGAAGCCCCUGUUCUUGUAGUGCUUGGUAGGUCAUUCCACAUUUGUGGAACGAUAUUAAACAUGCCUUGAGGGCUCAAAAUAGGAUGAAUGCAAAUGAUGAGAACUGGAGUUAGAGGCAGACAAACCUGGAGUUUAUUUGAUAGAAAUCAAAGUUUUUCAAAAAUCCAUAGGAAAUGUCACCUGCUAAGUGGAACAUUGAUGUAAAACCCAACUCUUGUUGCAUUUCAGCAGUAAAAUAUCUUGAUAGCAUUUUUGUAGUACCCAGUUACUUAUAUAUUGAUGUAUCUUUCAUUCCUAAGACUUUAUGUUUCAAAAUACAACCAACCACUCCCUGGCCAUCAUAAAGUAAAUACUAUUUAACAUAAAAAGAUUUGUAACCAACAAUGGAUUGACUGAUUUUUAUUUGCAUAGAUAAUGUAAUUAUAGAAUAACAUAAUACAAAUAUGUACUGUAUAAUCACAUAAAAACAUUACAGGGUAGCACAAAAAGCAUUAAACACCUGUUUCCAUUCUGGAAAUUUCCAAUGAAAAACUUUGUUUCUGAAAAAAGUCAGAUUGAGAAUAUAAAUUAUGCAUUUAUUUGUUGUUUUAUUUUUUAAGUAACUGUGAUUCGAAUCAAUUUGGUUCAGUUGGACGUCCUGUCCAUCAGUAACUGGUUCCGACUGAGCGGAAAGUUGAACAUCACCAUCAUAUCAAGACAAAGAUGCUUAUGAAUGUGUGUAUUUUAGAAUUAAAAUGUGUGCAAAUAUCUGAGUGAUAA